ACCGUGUGUGAGUGAGGUAGUCGCUGCUCCGCGUCGCGUGUCGCUCCGUCAGUGUGUGGGUGUGUGUGCGUGCGCUGGUCGUUCAAUUUGUGUGAAUCUUUAUCUCCGAUUUCGUGAUUUUGCAGUUGAACCUGGCCAAUAGAGUCCAUCGAGUGGAACCGACACGAGCAACAACAGCAACAAAAAAGAGGCAGCGAUGUCCACCGCCGUUGAAACGGGGUCGUCGCCUGCCAAGAGCAACAACAGCAACAACAAUAGCAGCGGCGGCAACAACAGCGGCAACGGCAAUCCCAGUCCAAAUGCAAAAGGCGUUCAGCGGCGUCAACUGCGGGAGAGGAAGCAGCGCAAGCUCUAUCUGGAGGAAUGGUCACUGGGCGAUGAGGAUGGCGAGGGGACGAGGGGCUUCAGCGUCGCCGAGAAGCUCGAGUCUUCGAAGUUCGCGCAGGCGGGAAUGGUGCGCGAGAUGCGCGGGUGCGAUCUCACCGUCGCAUUUCUACAGCAGCACGGCUUCAAUAUCCCGCUUUUGUUCCGGGACAAAGCGGGAUUGGGUCUACGGAUGCCCGAUCCUCAGGAGUUCACCGUGAACGAUGUGCGACUGUGCGUGGGAUCGAGGAGACUGCUCGACGUCAUGGACGUGAACACGCAGAAGAACCUGCAGAUGACAAUGAAGGAGUGGCAGCAGUACUACGACAGUCCGCAAAAGGACCGCCUGCUCAAUGUGAUCUCGCUGGAGUUCUCGCACACCCGCCUGGACAGGUUCAUCCAGAGUCCGGAGAUCGUGCGUCAGAUCGAUUGGGUGGACGUGGUGUGGCCCAAGCAGCUGAAGGACGCCCAGCGGGAGGGCACCAACCUGCUGGGCGGCAUGAUGUACCCAAAGGUGCAGAAGUACUGCCUGAUGUCGGUGAAAAACUGCUACACCGAUUUCCACAUUGACUUUGGCGGCACAUCCGUUUGGUAUCAUAUUCUGCGGGGGAGCAAAGUUUUCUGGCUCAUUCCACCCACGGAUCGUAAUCUUCAGUUGUACGAAAAGUGGGUCCUCUCGGGCAAACAGGCGGAUGUGUUCUUCGGCGAUACCGUAGAGAAGUGUGCCAGAGUGUAUUUAACGGCAGGCAACACCUUCUUCAUACCCACUGGAUGGAUUCACGCUGUCUAUACGCCCACUCAAUCGCUAGUGUUUGGCGGGAAUUUCCUCCACUCCUUCGGCAUUGUUAAGCAACUGAAGACAGCCAGUGUAGAGGACAGUACGAAGGUGCCGCAGAAGUUUCGCUACCCCUUCUUCACGGAGAUGCUGUGGUAUGUCCUCGCUCGUUAUGUUCACACGCUGCUGGGACACUCCCACCUAGAGGGUGAAGCCUCGUUGAGCGAGGAUGAAAUGGCUGCCCGUCCUCACACCCACCUUACGCACCACGAGCUCUUUGGACUAAAGGAGAUCGUGAUGUAUUUGUACGAUCUUCCGCCGCAAAAGAAAAAUGUUCCCAGUUUGGUUCUCGAUCCUGUGGCCCUGAUCAAAGAUGUGCGAUCGUUGGUGGAACGGCACUGCAAGGAUCAGCAAGAUCUCGCCAUCACAGGCGUCUCCGUGCUAAAGUCACCACCUGGUUCGCAGCCACCUUUUCUCCUUUACGAUCGCACACGGGUGAAGCAAGAGAUAAAGCAGGAAAUAGUGCGCAAAAAUGCGGAGGUCAUUCGGGAGCAGCAGCAAUUGGAGGCGGGAAGGGCUAGGGAGGCCGAAUCGGAUACUUCUCAGUCGACGGGAGUGGGAUCUGCAUUGGGCAUAGGCGCUGGCAUCGAGUACAGCAAUGGAGUGAUGAAAAAGGAGCAGUUAGAGAACGGUACCGGAGCGUCGCAGCCAGAGGCCACCUUUGUCCUGCCCACCGAUACGCUCAAGUACCGCCCACCCAAGAAGAUGCAUUUGGCCACCGCGUUGGUUGCAGCGGCCGCAAGCAGCAGCAGUGGGGGAUCAGGAGGGUCAGUAGCAGGAGGAUCUGUUACCAUGGGAAGCAGCCACAGUCACAGUCCCACUAAUGGUGGAGUAGGAGUGGGACUUGGCACAGGAGCUAUUAGUGUGAUUGCCACCAGCUCCAGCUACAGCGAAGGAGGAGUAGUGACCAGCAUGGACAAUUGCCCAUCUCCCGGGGAUGGGGGUGCCAAAUUGUCGCCAAAUCUGACAGGCACUGGACAACCACGACGUCGCAGGACGCGCUGCAAGAACUGUGCCGCCUGUCAGCGCUCCGACUGCGGCACCUGCCCCUUUUGCAUGGACAUGGUCAAAUUCGGAGGACCAGGAAGGGCUAAGCAGACGUGCAUGAUGCGACAGUGUCUGUCGCCCAUGCUGCCAGUGACGGCGCAGUGCGUCUACUGUCACCUGGACGGCUGGCGGCAGACUCCAGUCUCGCCUCAGACCAAGCAACUGGCCUCCGCGGAUGGGCCCUCGGCGCUGAUGGAGUGCUCCGUGUGCUACGAGAUCGCCCACCCGGAUUGUGCCCUCUCCCAGCUGGAUGGCACAGAGGACGCGGCGGACGCCAAGGGCAUCGUAAAUGAGGAUCUGCCCAACAGUUGGGAGUGCCCCAGCUGCUGUCGCUCCGGCAAGAACUACGAUUACAAGCCUCGUCACUUUCGAGCCCGUCAGAAGUCCUCCGAGGUGCGACGCGUUUCCGUUUCUCAUGGUCCUGGUGGCGGACCGGAAGGGCACUCUGAAGGAGGAGCUCCAUUGCUGCCGCCCCCGGUGGGUCAGUACAAUGACUUUGUCUUCACGAGUGAGUCUGAGAUGGAGGCGGGAGCAAACAGCCUCGGCCAUGUGACUCAUUGGAAGCACGGGAUGAAGCGCCACCACCAGCUGGAGGUGAAAACGGAGCGGAACAACAGCUGCGACACCCCAUCGCCCGGAAUCUCACCUAACGCGGGCGAGUCCAAAGUGGGGAAACGGCGCAAGAGCGACGAUGGAACCAGCGUUUGCAGCAGCAUGCAUGAGAGUAACGAUGCCCCUUGUGGUUCCUCGGCGGAGGGAGCAGGUGGGGCAGGGAACGCCAAUUUGUCCACCAGCCAAUGGGGCGGGAGUGGUGGCGGAGGAGGCGGAGGCUCCCGCAAAAAGAACUCGAUCAGGUCGCAGCUGGCCCAGCAAAUGCUGAACUCUUCGACGCGAGUGCUCAAGAAACCUCAGUACGUGGUGCGUCCGGCCAGUGGAACCGGCUCCUCUUCGUCCAGUGGCAAUGGAGGCAGUGCGUCGGCCACCAAUGGACUUAGCAACGGAAGCAACCAAAGCGGAGCCAACUGCAGUGGUGGCGGUGGCAAUGGCGAGCGAGGAACCAAUAACGGAGGAUUAAGCGGCUCGAAUGGUUUAGGCAAUCAGCACCACAGUUCCGGUCAGAAUCUGGCCCUGGAUCCCACCGUGCUGAAGAUUAUCUUUCGCUACCUGCCGCAGGAUACGCUCGUGACCUGCUGCUCGGUGUGCAAGGUGUGGUCCAAUGCUGCCGUUGAUCCGGAUUUGUGGAAGAAAAUGAAUUGUUCGGAGCACAAAAUGUCGGCGUCGCUUUUGACAGCGAUUGUUCGUCGGCAGCCGGAGCACCUGAUCCUCGACUGGACGCAGAUUGCCAAGCGGCAGCUGGCGUGGCUGGUGGCCCGCCUGCCGGCGCUCAAGAAUCUUUCGCUGCAGAACUGCCCCAUCCAGGCAGUGCUGGCGCUGCACACCUGCCUCUGUCCGCCACUCCAAACGCUGGAUCUGAGCUUUGUGAGGGGCUUGAAUGAUGCUGCCGUGAGGGACAUCCUUUCGCCGCCCAAGGACUCGCGACCUGGCUUGAGCGACUCGAAGACGCGGCUCAGGGAUCUCAAAGUUCUAAAGCUGGCCGGUACGGACAUCUCGGAUGUGGCCGUGCGCUAUAUCACCCAGUCGUUGCCGUACUUGCGGCACCUGGAUCUCUCCUCCUGCCAGCGGAUUACGGAUGCGGGCGUGGCGCAAAUAGGAACCUCCACCACAGCCAUUGCCCGCCUCACGGAGCUAAAUCUGAGCGCCUGUCGGCUUGUCUCCGAGAACGCUUUGGAGCACCUUGCCAAGUGCGACGGCCUGAUCUGGCUGGAUCUGCGCCAUGUGCCCCAAGUGAGCACCCAGUCGGUGAUCCGCUUUGCGAGCAACUCCAAGCACGAUCUGUGCGUCAGAGACAUCAAGCUGGUGGAGCGGCGGCGAAGGAACUCGACGACGACGGUGGCCAGAAGCUGGCACAAUGACUGAGCAACUGGCGGGAGCAGCUGGAGGAGCCCCUUAAAUCUUAAUCAUAUGUCCCGAUCCUCAUACCAUAAAUCACAAAUCUAAUCCUUCGCCGGAAUGCAAGCCAAAGAGAGUCGUCGGGCCCGUUGCAUUGCGUUUGGUAAAGUGUUUUAUCUUAGGGCUUUCUGGUUGUCCGUUUUUCCAAGUGGUCUGGGCUGUCUUAAGGUCACUGAUGAGGAUGUUUGGCGGCAUCCGAAAUAUGCACACAUUCUCGAACUCGCUAUCUGACCAGCCCAAUCCUGUGUCCAGUAGUUUCUAAUUAAUUUGGCAAUUUAUAAUUGCUCAAACUUUGGAUUUCUGUUUGUACCUUUUGUGGUAUUACUCCAUUAUAUUUAAUAGAACUUCUGGAGGUUUAAGAAUCUCAAAUAUUUCACUUUUCGGAAGAGCACUUCUUCAUGGUUUCACUAUUUCUAAGAGAAUUUUAAAACUAGGCUGAUGAAAUCUUUAAAACGGGUUAAUAUGCAAUAUUUUAGGAGACGUUUAAUAUUUUUCAGACAUAGCUUUUCCCCUUUUCUCAAACCAUUUCCGGGCAGUGUAAAGGGCACAACUUCGGUUUUUCCGAAGAUAGAUGGCAGCCAUCCCCCCAACGAAUCCCCGUUUAUACAGGUCUACUCCACCCUCACACUCGGACUUAGCGUAGUGAUUAAGAUUAGCAUUCCCGCGAUGGUAAUUACAUUUAAUCAGUGUCAUAUAUUAAGUAUGCAGGAAGAGUUAGAAGUUAGAGAGCAGCACUAGGUGCACCGAUCCAGCUUAAGUAGAUCCAGCUCGUCGCACAGCAACUAUGAAUCACAUGCAGUGCGCAUCGGGACUGUAAGAGCAAUGCAUCCGAAUAAAGAAACCGUCGGACACCCACCCUUAAAACUUCCCAAAAUUUGGCCUUACUGGAUAUGCAAUUAAAAUGCGAGUUCUUACAGUUCUGAAUGCCACUGUACCAGCGCUAUUGCCGCAAAUAUAGUCGAUAAGUCAACCUGCCAAGCUCCCUUAAAACCUUUCCCAUUUUACCCCCACUCCAGUAGCAGUUAAAAUAGUGAUAACGUUGCUAAAAUAUAUAUUUGAGAGUAUGUAAGAGUAACACAAGUAUGCGCAUACUUAUAUUUAAUGUUUUACAGAAUUACAUUACAAAUAUAGAAUAAUGUUUCAAGAA